AUGAACGCGACCAAGCGCAAGUUCAACGCCUUGCUCCAGGGUCUCAACAGCAGCCCUCGGCCCUCCUCUGCCUCUGAUCAGAAGCCCAGGAAGACGGCCGACAUCACCGCCGGAAUCGCGGCGCCGGAAUCGCCAUUCUCAUCCGCGUCACCCUCGCAAAAGAAGCGCCGCAUGAGUGCCCUGGCCGGCGACGCGGCCUCGUCGUCCGCGCUGUCGCUGGCGUCCAUCUCGUCGCUGCGCAGGCCGCUGCAGACCCCCGCGUCCUCCACAAAGGCCCCCGAGGUCGCGUCCCGGUACUGCCCCGGCGACAGGGAGCAGCUGCUGCGCCGGCUGGCGUCGUUUCAGGAAAUCACAAGCUGGACGCCCAAGCCGGAUCGUGUGAGCGAGGUCGAGUGGGCGAAGCGCGGGUGGGUGUGCCACGGCAGGGAGCGCGUGCGCUGCGCGUCGUGCCACAAGGAGCUGGUGGUCAAGCUCAAUCGCAAAGAGCAAGACGGCAAAGAGGUCUCUGUAUUGAUUGCUUCAGAAAUUGAGGAAGCGCUUGUCGAAAAGUAUGCGGAUCUCAUUGUCUCUUCACACCAACCGGACUGCUUGUGGAAAAAGCGCGGAUGCGAUGACUCGCUUCUGCGAAUAUCCUUUUCCAAUGCCAGCAGCACCGUCGAGGACCUGAGACGGCGUUAUGAUGAACUCUGCUCUCGCCAGUCGUUUCUUCCUUAUGAAUUUAAUCUCCGUCUGCCCGAUGAACUCGCCCUUGACACCGUCCUCGAGCAACUACCUGAAGCCUUCUUCACUCACACCCCUCCCGCAGCUGCGGCUGCUGCUGCUGGACAGUCUCCUAACCGUGCCGCACUGGCUCUAGCCCUCACCGGGUGGCAGGGCCUCUCCAACGCGCGCAUCGGCGCUGUCCCCAACAGCGCCUCAUGCCACACCUGCCAACGGCGUCUUGGUUUGUGGAUGUUCAAGAGCAAGGAGGUGGAUGAAGACGGCCAAGUGCUGGUGCCGGCUGCCAUGGAUUAUCUCGACCCCAUACGUGAGCACCGGUUCUUUUGCCCGUGGAAAAGCCCGCAGGCGCAAAGCAGAAUCGGCGCGACGGGCGAGGACGCGCAAGCCACUGCAUGGAUUACACUGCUUCAAAUGCUCAAGAACGAGUCUAGCUUGCGCCAUCUGUACGAAGGGCGCACAAAGAAGCCCAAGCCUGUCGAGGCGCCACUCGUGCCGGAAAAGGAGAGAACAGAUCCUGCUACACCCCAGAAAGCAGCUCCAGUCUUGCCAGAGCCCAUGUCUAAUAGGUCUGCCAGGACAGCUGUGCCCGAAUUGGAUGAGGCGGAUCGCGAUGCCAAGGAUAAGGAGAGAUGGGCUCGUCUGAGAAAGGUCAAGAGCCUUUUUGAUACGAAAUCGAGCAGAAAAAACAAGAAACCAGAAGCAUCGCAGCCAAACAAAGCAACGACACCCCAGAAAUGA